AUGACAAUAUUAAAAAAUCUCCGGCCCAAGCCAAGAAACAAACUCCAUUCCAUUCUACUAAUAUUAUUCCUCUUCCAAAUCUAUUACCUAAGUUCCAUUUUCUACACACCACAAUCCCUUGAGCCCCUGGAGCCGUGGACAAGAUGCGACAGAGGCCUCGUCUACGUGUACGACCUCCCGCCAGCCUUCAACACUGAGCUUCUCCACAACUGCCGCGAUUUAGGCCCUUGGAAGAACUCACGCUGCGACGCCCUCUCCAACGGCGGAUUCGGGCCCCGGACCACUACUCCAGCGUGGUACUGGACCGACAUGUUAACGGGCGACGUCAUGUACCAUGCAAGAGUCUUGAAGCACAGAUGCAGGACAACGGAGCCCGGAUCCGCUACGGCCUUCUUCAUACCCUUCUACGCUGGGGUCGUAGCGGGCAAGGCUUUGUUCACUAAUGACACGCCUACGAAUCGCGAUCGCCAGUUCGACGAGCUGCUGACGUGGCUCCAGGAUCAGCCUCUGUGGAGGAGAUCCAACGGCUCGGAUCACUUCAUCCACAUCGGGAGGCCCACGUGGGACCUUCGCCGUAGGAGAGACGAGCAUUGGGGUAUCAGCUUCAUCUAUAUGCCGGCGAUGGAACAGAUCAUGCGGCUCACGGUGGAGAGGGCACUGUGGGACCACCACGACAUCGGUGUUCCUUACCCCACCGGAUUCCACCCCAAGUCAAAAUUGGAGCUUGACCAAUGGCUACAUUUUGUGACAAAUCGUAAGAGGUCAAGUUUGUUCACAUUUGUGGGAGCCAAGCGGAAUAAGAUCAAGGAUGAUUUUAGAUCCAUAUUGUUGAGCCAUUGCUACAACGAGUCGGCCUCCUGCCGGGUUGUGGACUGCUCUAUAUCUGAGUGCCACGGCGGGACGCCCGAGAUCCAAGAGGCAUUCUUGGACUCGGACUUUUGUCUGCAGCCUAAGGGGGAUACGUACACUAGAAGGUCAAUCUUCGAUUGCAUGCUGGCCGGUUCGAUCCCGGUUUUCUUUUGGAGAGAGAGUAUUGCGGGUCAAUAUGAUUGGUUCUUGGGUGAUGAACCGGACCGGCUUUCGGUGUUCAUAGAUCGGAAGGAUGUUAGGAAUGGUACGUCAAUUAGAAAAGUGUUGGAAGGGUAUAGUAAGGAAGAAGUAAGAAGGUUGAGGGACAAGGUUAUUAGUUUGAUACCAAAUUUUAUUUAUGGUGAUGGAAGUGGGAUUGGGAAAGAUGCAUUUGAUAUUUCCCUUGAUGGAGUGCUUAAGAGAAUCAAGGGUCAAAAUAAGAACAUAAGAUAAAAGCCUUUUUUAUGCAAGAUUAGUGUUUACUCAAUGCCUUUGAUAUUGCGAUUAAUUUGU